AUGUCUAAGAGGACGCUUGAUUCAUUCUUUUCACCACCUGUUAAGCGCGUCAAGCAUGAUGUUCAGACCUUAACUCAAACAGUAUCGCCGCCACCUAACAAGAAUCGCGACAGCAAUGUCACUGAGAAUACGACCUUACCAAUCGAUGCUACCCGUGCUGUGACAGCCAAAACCUCACAUGCCACCUAUCCAUUCCCUAUUGCAGAUCUACCACCAGAUAUCCUGGAAACGCUGAACGAGCUGCUCCUAACAGUUUCUGGGAGGGAGAUCAAGAACCAGCCACAUUUAGACCUUUUAUAUUUCCAGCCAUUAAUACCUCAACCCACAGCAAACGAGUUAUUCCACUUCCUACGCUCUUCCUUACCAUUUUAUCGCGUCAAGUACACCAUCACUCGCUUUGGUAAAUCUAUAGACAUCAACACACCUCGUUAUACCACAGUAUUUGGCAUUGAUGAGACUUCCCAAUUUAUCCUCGAUACAUAUCCGUCUCCGGAAGGCAAGGGUCAAACAAAUCUAACGACGCGUAUGGUGGAGAGUACGAACCGAACGAAGGAGGUCGCCCCAGGUAAAUACAAGUCCUGCGCAGUACCACCACGGCCAAUCCCUCCAUGCCUUCAGAUGCUCAAAACCCUGACCGAGGCGUUGACGAACGACACCUACAACUUCGUUCUAGUAAACUACUAUAGCACUGGCCAGGACUCCAUCAGUUUUCAUAGUGAUGAUGAACGAUUUUUGGGCGACAAGCCCACCAUCGCAUCGUUUAGCCUUGGAGCACGUCGCGACUUUCUGAUGAAACAUAAACCCCCAGGAGUCGGUCCAGGUAAUGGCAACAAGGGCAAGAUAUCAGCAAAUGGUGCGAGUACAGAGAGCACAUAUCCCGGCACAACUCAGAUCAAACUCGCACUUGGCUCAGGAGAUAUGAUCCUAAUGCAAGGUGAAACGCAACGGAAUUGGUUACACUCGAUACCGAAGCGAAGCGGCAAGCAAAACGAGGCUGACAAGGGCAGGAUAAACAUUACGAUGAGAAAGGCUAUGGUACCGGCCGGCACUGAGAACUAUUAUCAGUAUAAUGUCGGUAGUGGGCCGGUACAUGUCUGGGACGAUAAAUUGAAAGAGAUGAGGCCGUUGAGUGACGUGAAACUUCGAGAUAUCUAA